AUGCGAAUCUGGUCGAGUGAGCACACUUUUGAUCACGAAUGGGAGACAGUGGCGAUGGCUGCCUUCAAAAAGUACCCCAACCCGUUGAAUCGUGCCGUCACGGGCAUUGAUGUGGUGAAACAGACACUGGAAGCCGGCAAAAUAUUAACAGAACGAAUCAUUCAAUCACAUUUCAGUAUUCCCAGUUGGGCGACGAAGCUGACUGGCUUCUCUGGCACCCAAUAUUCACACGAGUACACUGUCAUCGAUCCACACAGGAAGGAAUUCUCGCUGACGACCAGAAACCUGACAUAUAAACCCGACCAAGAGGACCCAAAUAAGACAGUUUUGAAGCAGGACGUCAUUGUGACAAUCACUCUGCCGGCAUUCGCGGACUACUGUGAAAAGACGUUUUUGAGCAUUUAUUCACAGAAUGCUAGUAAGGGUCGUCAAGGUGUCGAAUGGGUGAUUGACAAUUUGAAGAAGGAAUACGAGGAGAUUUCGAAGAAGGUCUCCUCAGAAGUACACGAAAUGUCGGAAAAAAUGCGCCAUUGGAGUAUCCCAUCGACGUCUUCUGGUCCGUCGUGCACAUCUUCUGCUUCAACGUCUUCUGGUGGACCAACGACAUCGUCGUCGUCAAAAUCUCAAUAG